AUGUCGUCUCUGGGGACGUCCAGGGGGAUCCUGGAGAUCGCCAAGUUCGGCGUCUACGUCUCCGUGCCCGUCGCGCUCACCUACCUCGUCGCCACCGACUCCAAGACCCUCAAGAAGCUCAUGGGCCUCCGUCCUUACGUGGUUUAUCCGCCUGAAGGCCCACGCCCUCCACCACCAGAAGAACUGCGGGAAAGGGCACGGGAGAUUGCUCGGAAGAGGCAGCAGAGUUGA